CCCCUCCACUUGGCAGCGCGGCCAGCCAAUCCCCGUUCGCCCUUUUUGUCGCUUGGCAACGCGCCGCCCAAUCACCGCGCGCCUCUGGGCGUGGCUUUAGCGCGGCGCAUGCGCUUCCCCGCCUUCUUUUUGGGCCGUUUCGCCCUUUUUUGGCCACUCCCAGCAGCCUUUGCGCUCCAAGAUGGCGCUGGCGAAUAUCCUGCACUCAUGGGAGACCCAAAACGUGCUGGAUUGCCCCCAAAAUGACGACGAACGGCCCCAAAAUCGGGAGGUUUGGCCCCAAAUCGGCCGCUUCCCGCUGCUGGAGGCGCCGCGUUGGGGAUUCGAACCCGGGGAGCUGCCGGGGCCCGGGAUCCGGAUCCUGCACGGAACCACCACCCUGGCGUGCAAGUUCCCCCACGGCGUGGUGGUGGCCGUCGAUUCCCGCGCCACGGCCGGCUCCUACAUCGCCUCGCAGAGCGUGGAGAAGGUUCUAGAAAUCAACUCCUCCCUCAUCGGCACCAUGGCCGGCGGGGCGGCCGACUGUAGCUUCUGGGAGCGCCUGUUGGCCCGCCAGUGCCGGGUGUACCGGCUGCGCAACAAGGAGCCCAUCUCGGUGGCCGCCGCCUCCAAGCUGCUGGCCAACAUGGUGUAUCAGUACCGGGGCAUGGGGCUGAGCAUGGGCACCAUGAUCGCCGGCUGGGACAAGAGGGGGCCAGGCCUGUACUACGUGGACAGCGAGGGCACCCGCGUCCCCGGCUCCUCCUUCUCGGUGGGUUCGGGUGCCACCUACGCCUACGGGGUCCUCGACCGCUCCCUGCGGCCGGGGCUGUCCGCCGAGGCCGCCUGCGCCCUGGCGCGCCGCGCCAUCUACCAGGCGGCGCGCAGGGACGCCUACUCGGGGGGCAGGGUGGCCGUGUACCACGUGGGGCCCCGGGGGUGGCGCCGCGUGUCCUGCGACAACGUGGCCGAGCUGCAGGGGCGCUACGGGGACGAACCACGCGGCCGCGGGGGGGGACGGGGAGGAGGGGGAGGCGUCCCCCGGGCAAUAAACGGCGAUGGAACGGCCCACAGGUCUCCAGCGGUGCUGCUUAGGGACCCAGGAGUGCCCCAAGGGACCCAGGAGUGCCCCGGAGGUGGAGGUUGUCAGUAGGUUCCAGAGUGAACG